CAAGCUCGACUCAGACUGUGGUGGACGAAGAAGACAGUCACUAAUGUCAACGAAACCGAACCUCGACAUCGUGUUUGCCAAGAAAAAUAAUCUAAGAAUUUUGCAAAACGAGCUUUUGUUGUUGUAAAAAUGGUUGGAAAAAUUAAGAACGUCCGGCAGAAAUUGCACCAGAAAGCUGUAAAGCUAACGUGGAUGGACUGUGCUUUGUCCAAAUCCUCGGACGAACCUUUCUCCUUCCAACCAAGUCAUUCACAAGUGGAAAAUGGCUCUCCUAAAGUUACCGGGAAUAUACAAGCCCCCAUCCAACUGUCUUCCCCAGGUGGGAUAUUUGCAGGCACAGAAAUAGCUCCAGAUGCCCUGAGGCAAACAUUAACAUUCAAAGACCCUCCAGUAGCCCCCAUACCUGCCAAGAUCGAUACUUCUGAAGCAAAGAAAGUGAAGUCAAAGAAAGAAAAGAUGAAAGAAAGGAGGGAGCGAUGGCUAAACAAAAUCAGCGUCAUCAAGCUGACAAAGGAGCGUCAAGCGGCACAGGCCCGGCGGCGGGCCACUCCAGUCGUGGGAGACAUGAGCGUGCUAGCAGACGCCCUGCCUGAGCUGUCCGAGCUCAUCGCUCCAGCUGGUACAGCCCGCAUAGCCGCUACAGCUCGCCGGAAAAGCACAGUGCCAGUCAAGAAGUGCGCAGUAACUGAUUUCAGUCAGAUGAGGCCCCUACAGAAACGCAAAUUCUUGGAGUCAGAAAUCAGUAGGUUUGGCGAGGCGGUGAAAAUCCUCAGCGGCAAAAGGAAUCCUCUCAACGACAUCUCUGAGCAUCUGAGGAAGAGACUAAAACAUUUAGAAGAAGGUUCCAAUUGACAUCAGUACGCUGUUUAUUUACGCAUUGGUCUGUGUUCCCCUCCAUUAUAUUUACUAUCGAAAGACUGUAACAUCAACAAAGACAAGUUGCGUCUUUGUUGUGUCACAACUAAUGACAAUAAACUUUGCUUUUAACGAAUAAUG